AUGUACGGGAAGAGGAUCCGCGAUUCGUCGACCUGCCUGGGCUACAUUAGCUGGAGCGACGACCUACAGUCCGUCUCGUACAAGGACGUCCGCGAUCUCGACAUAGAAGCCUUCCGCGGCUUCAUCCGGGGGCAGAUCACGAAGGCGCAGAGCUUGCUAGAGGAGCUGCUACUUAUGCAUCCCGACGAGACGCGCGAACAUCUCGACACUCUAAACCUCGUCGCGAAUAGAGACAAGGCCGAUCCUUCGCCGUUUCUCUGGGCCAAAGUACCGAUUCCGAAGAGCACGCGCAAAAGCGCGCCGGAGAACAACGGCCAAGCAGUAUAUAGUGAAGUACAGGAGUGCUGGGACAGCGCCCGGCUGACCCGUGUCUUAACUCGCGAGUUCCAGGCCGAGCUCGGCCUAAAGUCGCUAUCUCCCGCAAGCACCUACCGUGCGGCGGAUUCAAGCGUGAUUACGGCCUCGAGGAUACUAAGUUUGACUAGCAGUCGGGCUACGCUUUAUGGACGGCAGGCUCUAUCUAUGCCCGUGGAAUUGCGGAGGCAGUAGGGCAGGUCGAAGAGCGGAAGGCAGAAUACCGCAAGGUUAGCUAAGAGUGGCAUCGCUUUCUCGGCUUUCUUCUAGCGUCGCUACCGCCGCGCAAACGCCCUCUCAACGAGAUUACAAACCCGGCAGGAGUAGUAGUGUCUAAACGAACAAAGACAGCCGUAGAAGCGGACGUACUAGAGAUAGCAUAGGAGUACUAGUAGGACAAGAAAGAGCAUAUACAGCAAGGUAAAGCUGUAUACGUAGAGAAGGAAAAAUACUAUAUAUGUAUAAAAGGUUAUGAAUGUAUAUAUAAUUAGAGUCGUUUUGAAUGUAGCGAAGGGAUCUUCGGCGGCGGCUAUAACGAC